ACGACGUGAUAUCUACAGCAGUGAUAAUCGUUCGGUAUUUUGAUUUUUGCUCGUAGACCGUAAUAAUCGUUUAGGAAAUUCGUGAACUGAUCACGGCCUAGCCGUUUACACUUCGUCGAGAUCUAUGAAUAAAAAUCGUUGUUUAUGACCACCACCAGCAUCAAUCGAUGGACCGUCGACUCAAGAAUGCCCUGUUCGCCGCGUCCGCAGGAGUCUGCGGUUCGUCAGCCGGCUUGUUCGGCAAGAUUGGAAUGAGCGUUGACGAGUACUUCGGCCACGACGAUCAGGCUCUGCACACCAAUUUGGCCAGAUUCUUCAUGUUGGCAAUGGUCGUGCUGGCCAAUAUUGGGGUUUGGCUGAUGUAUACCAGAUCCCUGCGAUUCGGUUCCACGUUGGUAUCCACCGGCAUCAGCAUCGCUUCCAACUACAUUUUUACCGCUUUAACUGGUGUACUAUUGUUUGCUGAAAGCUGUUCAAUUCUUUGGGCAUGCGGCACAUUUUUUGUUAUGAUUGGAGUCAUACUGAUGUCUAUUUGAAUAUUUUACAAACACGAAUAUUUACUGAUCUCAUGUAUAUAAUAUUUAAUGGUUAUUAUUAUUUAAAUGUAUAUUUAUAAUAUAUAUAUAUAAUAUACUAAAAACUUCAAAAAAUUGUGUUUGAAAUGAUUAUAUAUUUUUCUAUUCUAGAUAAUUGUAUGAUAAAACACUAGAAAUAGGUCUUAUUCAAUAAAUAUUGUAUAAGAAAAAGUAAAAGUAAAAAUAUGGGUUAACCUAUUAUACUUAUAAAAUUUACAUAUAAAUCUGUAAUCAACCGGUGGUCAAUAAUCAAAAGUAAAUUUAAGACUUCUUAUUUUAAACCAAAUAAAAGUAAAAAAUAUUUCGAAAAUGAUAAAAUAAAUGUCCAUACUUCAAUCUAAGGUAAUUUUGUUGUUUCAUAAUAGUUCUAUAAAAUAGUCAAAAGUAAAAUAAAUUUUAGAAUUAGUAUACAUGUGUAAAAUAACCAAUUUAAAGCUUGAAAUGCUAUUAAACAAUCCAAGAAAAAAAUGCUAAUACCUUGAAAUCUAAGCUCUAAAUAUAAUUAUAUUCUUUAUAUUGUUUAUCUAAUAUCUUAUGAACUACUCAAGUUAAAAACCAUAAAUAAGUACAACUCAUUUGAAAAUUAGAAUAAACUAUCAUAAAGAAUGACUUGAAAUAAUUGGGUAUUUUUCUUUUGUCAAAAAUAUUGAAUAUUGUCAAUAUUAUGAUUUAUUCAAUUUAUUUACCAGAUUUUCACUAUCAGUUGUUAUCGUUUUAAAAACAUGCUAUUAAAUAAUUAAAUACAAGUUUGAAACACUUAUAAUGCUACAUUUUACUAAACUAACUUCUCUAUAAAUAUUUUACUUCAUAUAGGAUUAGUAGAAUUUUAAGACUUUUUGUAAGUACUUCAAACAAUUUAAAUAUAUAUUAUAAUAUAGAGAUAGAUUAAUAAUGUACCUAUAGCAUUUAUUUGAGUAAUGUAUUUAAUAUGGCAGUAUGCAUUACAAUAUUUAUACACAGUUGUUGGAUGUAGAAAAAAUAUAAAUAUACACUAUUUCAUUAUAAAAAUAUGUAAAACAACAAUUAAUUUGAUUAUUGCACUAAAAAAAUAUACAUUAAAUGAACUAUUAUGAGAAUGUACAUAAAAUGAUUCUUUAUUACAAUAAUUUGGAGCUUAUAUAGGAUAAAUAAAACAAGUUUUUUUCUUUACUAAAAAAAUACUGUUAUAUUUUAUGUUGUGAACUGGCACAAGACUCAAGUAUUAUAAAAAAUAAUUAGCUAAAUAUUGUUACCACAUCACAGUCUCUUUGGAACAGAUAACAAUUAUAACAAUUAAUUAGCACUCCAAUAUAUUAUAUAAAGUAACAAUGAUUAUACUAUAACAUAUCGGCGGACUAUCUAAUAUUAUAUAUUUUAUCUUUUAAAAAUUUAAAAUGUUUACAAUACAAAUGGAUGAGAAAAAUUAAAUAACAUAUAUGUAUGUAAAUAUAAAUAAUAAAUCGUAAUACUAUAUAACUGGACGGAUACAAUUAAAUAUUAUUUUAAAAAAUUUUAUCCAAUUUAUCUUAAACAAAUAUGAUAAUAGUUAAACUUUUUUCAUUAUAUUUGCUUUUUACAAAAAUGUUUACAACUAUUUAUAUACACAACAAAUUAUAUAUAAUAUAACACACGUAUAAUUGAUAACAUAUGUUGGAAAUGCAAUGGGAAAAAAUUGGUAGACAUUAAAUAAGGCGGAAAUAUAAUAUGUAAGUACGAUGACAACAAUAAUUGGAAUAAAAAAACACUGGUCUCCAAUUUCACCAAUCAAUAGUAUUA